AUGGCAAAAGGGAAAUCUGCCGGGGGUGUCCAAAACAGAGCCAUCUACUCGCGCAUCUCAUUCCUUCAGCAGGCUGCCGUCACCCUCGCGGCCAUCCAGCAACAGUCUUCGGGCAUGAGCAGGCGGCUGGCGACCGACCUGCGCGCUGUGUCUCUCAAAACCAGGAUUCGCCUCAAGCCGGCAGUAAAGCAGACCCUCUGCAAGUUUUGCGACUCGGUCCUCAUUGAAGGGGAAUCCUGCACAUCUACGAUCGAGAACAAAAGCAAGGGCUCCAGAAAACCGUGGGCUGAUGUUCUAGUUCGCAAAUGCCACACCUGUGGCAGAGAGAGGAGGUACCCUGUGAGCGCACCGAGGUCGAGGCGGAAGAUAGAGCGAGGGGUUGAAGGAGACCCCGGGCAUCUGCAGCAACAGAAACAGAAGGGUUGGCGCAACUUCAAAGCUUGA